AUCUAUUAGUGAGGACACAUUUGUUGACAUAGUAGCUUUUUAAGGUAACUUUUCCAAUGAUCUUUAUUUAUUUAUUUGUUUAGAUGGCAACAGACCAGAGAACCUGAAUGACACCAUUACUCUGGAGCCUUGCCCUGCUGCAUCAGCUGAAACAUCAAGCCAUCCACCUCACCCCUCCUCCUCCACGUCCACCACUAUGUACAACCAUUACUCCAGCUCUUGGGUCUCACACUUACAGAUUCCUUGGGAAAGAUUUCCACUCCGACUGUCGCAUGCUAUCACAAGAGGGGACAGAGCUCAUCCAGAGGACAGGAGAAGUAUGGUUAGAAUUGUUGUGGAGGCCAUGCAAGUUCACUGCAGGAACCCUAAACGUGCAUCUUGUGAAGAAGUUGCUAAAAUCAUUGUAAACAGAUACCCUCAAACAUUUGCAGAUUUUACUGAAAAGGGAGAAAGACUGGGUUGUGGACAUUAUUCACUACUAAGAAGCAUCAAAUCUAGAGUUGAACAUGUUAAUCGAGAUAAUACAACACAUAGACUUCGUCAAACAAAGAGAACCAGGAAUGAGGAAGACUGAAGUCCCAACAGUAAUGCAACCUCACCUGAAAAAGUUAGAUGCCUUGUUGAUCGCUAUGGUUGUAUAAAUUGGCAACCAGUUGAACUUCCUGAGGGGGAAACGCCAGCUUCUUUAGAGGAAAAGAAGCACAUCUUGUUAACAAUUUUUAAUUCAGAAGGACCUGGAGCUGUGGAGAGACCUGAUGUGGAUGACUUCAUGUCCCUCACAUAUAUUUCUCAGUGGCAGGUUAUCAACAGUUGUCCCUCACUUUCAGUAGCUGAAAUUCAGGAGCAGUGGCCAUUCUUGUUUACUCGGAAAGGUCUUUCGAACCACUUUUACAAACUCACAGGCAUUGAUAGCAGUGAGCGCUUAGGUCAGGCCCUCAUAACCAAAGGCAGAAGGAUUAUUAACUAUUUCUCCAGCCAGAAGCUCAAAUGGAACCUUGGUAUAAGGACACUCAUCCAACAGAUAGAAAGUGAGGGAGUUUUGACCAACAACAAGGUUGGCACAGCAACCAUACUUCUCAUGAUGAAGUAUUACAAGGAAGAUGAAGACUCCCUCUUUGUCUUAGCAGAUGAAACAUCUACCAGGAUGUCCCUUGAAGCAGAGAGCAACCUGCCAAUCGCUCCAAGGCUGAUUAUGCUUGGACAAAGUUCAAUGACCGCCACCUGCUGGAUGGUGAGUGCAGAGGGGCGUGUAAUUGUUGAGCUGGACAAAGAGAACACCUUUGCUGAUGCGAUGUCAGUCUUCUUUGGUUCAUUCUAUGUAUUGAACCUGGAAUACCAGGAGUCAGCGUGUGCAACAUUGGAACUAAUUCAGAGGUUUUUUGUAAGGAUAAACCCUGAAGAGGGAACAAAAUGUACCUCCAAGGUUGGGACAAGCAGAAAGACUGGGACCGCUGUGAAGUGAAAGGUUGCUCACAUUAACCCUCAUGUCACAACUUUCCUCCAGUGGCUUACUGAAUUUGAGUGGAAAACUUCAAAUUAGGUAACUGUUUUUGCCAUUUUUAGUGAAUUUCUUGUAUAAUUUAAGUGACCAAUGUGUUGUUACCUGUGUC